CGGGUGGGGUAGGUUUUUAAAAUUGUUUUGAUGAUCCAUAAUGAAACAAACCCGCCACAGCUGAGGUAGAAAAUCCGAGCAAAACCGAUCUCGAUUUUCUGGGAAGGAAAACAACCCGACGGUUAAAGAAGAUGCCUGGAGAGGAGAGGCGAAGUCGGAGAAAGCCCUGGGUUGCUGUGUGCUGGCCACCAUUAAUUUCAGCCCGGUUCAAAAUGCAGCAGCUGGUUUCUUGCCUGGGCUUGUGGUUUUUCCUCCAGCUUCCCUGCCUGGGUUCUGGAACUCGUGUAGUCUAUAAGGUACAGGAGGAACAGCCACCCAACACGCUCAUUGGAAGUCUGGCAGCAGACUAUGGUUUCCCAGAUGUAGGACACCUCUAUAAAUUAGAGGUGGGUGCCCCCUACCUACGUGUGGAUGGCAAGACUGGUGACAUCUACACCACAGAAACUUCAAUUGAUCGGGAAAGCCUGAGAGAAUGCCAGCAGUUAGUCCAAGGAGAGCCUUGUUUUCUGGAGUUUGAGGUUUCUAUCACAGACCUGAUGAACAAUAGCCCUCGCCUGCUGGAGGGACAGAUUGAAGUGCUGGACAUCAAUGACAACACACCCAACUUUGCAUCUCCUGUCAUCACACUAGCCAUUCCUGAAAAUACCAAUAUUGGUGCACUCUUCCCUAUUCCAUUGGCCAUGGAUCGUGAUGCUGGUGCCAAUGGUGUGGCUUCCUAUGAGCUCAUGCCUGGUUCAGAUGCCCAGAAACUUUUUGGCUUGCAGGUAGCAGAGGAUCAAGAUGAGAAACAGCCACAGCUAAUUGUUAUGGGAAACCUAGACCGGGAACAGUCAGAGUCUUAUGAUUUAACCAUCCGGGUCCAAGAUGGGGGUAGUCCACCACGUGCUAGCAGCGCUUUGUUGCGCAUCACCAUUCUGGACAUGAAUGACAAUGCACCAAAGUUUGAGAAACCACUGUAUGAGGCUGAACUCUCAGAAAAUAGUCCUAUUGGUCACUCUGUACUGCAGGUGAAAGCCAAUGAUUCUGAUCAGGGUGCCAAUGCUGAGAUUGACUAUUCCUUCCAUCAGGCUUCAGAUGUAAUUCAUCGACUGCUACGCCUAGACAGAGCCACUGGACUCAUCACUGUACAAGGUCCUGUUGAUCGUGAAGACAUCAGUGUGCUCAAGUUCUCAGUGUUGGCUAAGGACAAGGGAGCUAACCCCAAAACUGCCCGUGCCCAGGUGGUGAUCAGUGUCAGGGAUAUGAAUGAUAAUGCUCCAUCCAUUGAAAUUCGUGGUAUUGGUUUGGUCACUCAUCAGGAUGGCAUUGCCAAUAUUUCUGAAGAUGUGCCAGUUGAGACGCCUGUGGCCCUGGUACAGGUGUCUGAUCGGGAUGAGGGUGAGAAUGCUGUUGUAACCUGCGUAGUGGCUGGUGAUGUACCUUUUCAGCUGCGACAAGCCAGUGAUACUGGCAGUGAUAGCAAAAAGAAAUACUUUCUACAGACCACUACACCUCUGGAUUAUGAAGCAGUGAAAGAAUAUACCAUUGAGAUUGUAGCUGUGGAUUCUGGCAAUCCACCCCUGUCGAGCACCAAUUCCCUCAAAGUGCAGGUGAUGGAUGUCAAUGACAAUGAUCCAGUGUUCAGCCAGAGCUCAACAGAAGUGGCAUUUCCUGAGAAUAAUUCCCCAGAUGAUUUGGUAGUAGAAGUGAGUGCUACUGAUGCAGAUAGUGGAUCUAAUGCUAAACUGGUCUACUCCCUAGCUGGAGAAUCUUUAUCAAAAGACAUCUUCUCAAUUGAUCCAGAAUCUGGUGAAAUCCAUGUAAAAAAUGUGCUGGACCGGGAACAGCAAGAACGCUAUGAAUUCUUGGUAGUUGCAACUGACAAGGGUAGCCCUAGUCGCAAAGGAACUGCUUCAAUUGCCAUCAAUGUCAUAGACCGUAAUGACAAUGAUCCGAAAUUCAUGCUAAGUGGCUACAAUUUUUCUGUCAUGGAAAACAUGCCACCCUUGAGUCCAGUGGGCAUGGUGACAGUUAUUGAUGCAGACAAAGGAGAUAAUGCUGUCAUUCAGCUCUCAGUGGAACAGGACAAUGGUGACUUUGUAAUCCAAAAUGGUACUGGAACCAUUCUUUCCAGCAUAUCUUUUGAUCGUGAACGACAGAGUACCUAUACUUUUCGGCUUAAAGCUGUGGAUGGGGGUGACCCACCUAGAUCUGCUUAUGUGGGGGUGACAAUCAACGUGUUAGAUGAGAAUGACAAUGCUCCAGUAAUUAUAUCUCCAUCCAAUGCUUCCUAUAAACAUAUUCUACCCAACACUAGUCCUGGGCAGCAGGUCAUGAGUGUUGGAGCUGAAGACAUUGAUUCUGGGAUCAAUGCUGAACUACUGUUUAGAAUUGCCGGUGGAAACCCCUUUGAGCUUUUCAAGAUUUCAUCUGUAAGUGGAAAUAUCACACUAGAAAAAGAGAUUCUCCGCAAGCAUCAUGGACUUCACCGCUUGGUUGUACAUGUAAAUGACAAAGGGAAACCUUCUCACCACGGCACAGCAUUAGUUCAUUUUUAUGUUAAUGAAACAUUGGCUAACCGAACACUGCUGGAGACCCUAGUGGGACACAGCUUGGACACACCCAUUGAUAUUGACAUUGCUGGUGACCCAGAGUAUGAGCGCAACAAGCAACGCAGUAAUAUUUUGUUUGGAGUCAUUGCAGGCAUAGUAGCUGUCACCUUGAUUAUUUUGCUUGUCGUGUUGGUGCGCUACUGCCGUCAGAAAGAGGCUAAAAGUGGCUAUCAAGCUGGCAAAAAGGAAACUAAGGAUCUGUAUGCUCCCAAGCAAGGUAGCAAAGGGAACAAAGCCAAAAGCAAGGUGAAAAAAAGCAAAUCCCCUAAGCCACCAAAACCAUCUGAGGAUGAAGAAGAAACGGGUCUGCAGAAAUCCCUUAAAUUCAACCUUAUGAAUGAUUCAGUCAGUGACAGUCCCCGCAUCCACCUGCCUCUUAAUUAUCCACCUGGAAGCCCUGACUUGGGCCGCCAUUACCGCUCCAAUUCACCUUUGCCUUCCAUUCAGCUACAGCCCCAAUCACCAUCUGCCUCCAAGAAGCAUCAGGUAGUACAGGACCUCCCAGCCACCAAUACAUUUGUGGGCACUGGGGACAGCAAUUCUACAGGCUCGGAGCAGUAUUCAGACUACAGCUACCGUACCAACCCCCAGAAAUACACCAAUAAACAGUUACCUCAUCGCCGAGUGACAUUCUCUGCAGCCAAUCAAGCUCAAGAUCUGCAGGAUCCCUCCCAGCACAGUUAUUAUGACAGUGGCCUUGAAGAGUCAGAAACACCAAGCAGCAAAUCUUCAUCAGGGCCUCGGAUUGGGCCUCUGGCUCUACCUGAGGACCACUAUGAGCGCACCACACCUGAUGGCAGUAUUGGGGAGAUGGAACACCCUGAGAACGAUCUCCGACCUUUGCCUGAUGUAGCCAUGACAGGGACCUGUACUCGAGAAUGCACAGAAUUUGGUCACUCUGAUACCUGCUGGAUGCCAGGUCAGUCCUCUCCAAACCGACGGCCCAAGAAUGCCCUCAAACUCUCCACAUUUGUGCCUUAUCAAGACAGAGGGAGUCAAGAACAAGUUGGGAAUGGAAGCCCCAGACUCUCAGAAGAGCGCAACACCAAAAUGGCUAACCUCCGCCUGCUCCCCACGUACAGUGCCUUCUCCAACAGUAGCCAUGAGCCCUGCAAGGAUUCCCCCAUGGAGGAAAUCCCUCUCACCCAGACCUCAGACUUCCAGACAGCCACCACACCAUCAUCCCAAACUGCCAAACGAGAGAUCUACCUGUGAGAGUGAGGAGGCCACAUAAAGUAUCUGAAAACAAUGCUGAGUCUAGUCCUCCAGCGUGAAGUGACUUUUCAAACUGUGAUUCUUUAUCACUCAGAUUGGCAGUUCUGUGCCUGCCAGAUGAGACUACCUUGCCCAGUCAUUGGGCUCAGGAACACUUCAUUAACUGAUUCCUCACUGGGCAAGGGAACUGGCACCAACCAGAAUGGCCAAGCUCUCAAUAGAGUGGUCCAUGGAUAUCUGGAAAGAGGGAGAAAGGAAUGUAGUAAAGAGAGCUUGGCUUCAUGGUUUCAGGGCUGGGGUGGGGGGAAAGGGCUUAGUUACCAAAGGUCCACGCAGACUUGGUGGAGUCCAUUGGGCACAGGGCUGAGAGCACUUGGCACAGGUACAGGGGAAAAGCUGCCUCUCUUGUUACUAUAGACUCCUGUAAAUAUGAAUUUUAGGAAUGACAUUUAUGUCCUGCCUGAUCAAGUUUUAUUGUCCUUGAAGCAUAAAGACAUUGAAACAAACAACACCACAGGGAGAAAUUUUCAGCUGGAAUUUUUCACCACACAGAAGAGCACAUUGGGGCAAGCACUUCCAACCAGCCCACCCUUUACUUCCACAGUGUAAAUAAGGAUGGAGCAUCAGUUGGGAGGGGGCAUUCUGGCUGGUCAGCAGGACUGAGAAGGAAGGGCAUGACAGAGUUUUUAAAUCUUAAUCUCUUUACAGACUUCAGAAACUCUUCUCAUCAGAUAUGGAGGAGCCCUAGAGCUAGUAGUCAUGGCUUUUAGCUGUCCUUCUUUGCCCCUGUCCCAUAGACAAUGAGCUGCAGCAGUAAGAAAAGUGGAAGAGCCUUCAGUUUUUCAGAUGGUACAAUACCUAACUCCCCAAAAUUACUUCACUGCCUCACCUGAGGCAGAGAAUUUCCAUGGGGUCAUGAGGCCCCAGUGCCAUGGUUCUGGCCUUUGAUUUGUCUGCCUGUAAGCCACCAUUGCCUUUGUGAAAUGGAGCUUGGACUCAGGGUCACACUGGGGCCCAUGGGCCUCUGUAUGCUGGAGUCAUAUACCCCCUCCCUAUGCCUUUAGACAGCCUCAAGGGCUCCAAUAUUCUCUUCCAGUGCCACAUGUUUAGCCACAUAGUAUCAGACUGCAGGAGCCUGUCACAGUUUCAGUAGGAGCCCAUAAAAAACAGUGCAACUAUUCAUGGGCAUUAUUAUCCCCAACCAUUGACUCCGUCAUUUGGUAUCACUCAAAAGCCCAACUCUGAUUUUAUAAAAGAGCACUCUUCCUCCAGCAAGCAGUGGGCUGCUUUGGUGACUAAGUUCUUAAAUCCCUCAGUAUUCUUGACUUAGCUAGGCCUGAUUCCAUAUAGUAUAGUAUUAAUGGCAAUCAUUUGCCAGCCAGUAUUUGUGGGACUUUUUCUAGUACAUAUGGUAGUGGAAGAUUCAUUGAAACAGUCUCCAGACCAGGGUCCUAUCCACCAGACUAGCUAACACUUGUUGGACCCAUCAUGUUUCUCUUGGCUUAAUUCUUCUGGUUCCAAUAGACCCAACUUUCUUCCCACAUAUUGCCAUGUGUUUUUCUAAGCUGUAUUGCAGAAAGUGGGCUGGAUGUUGCCCUACUUUGCUGUCUCUCUCUUCAACUUUCUCAACUGCAUGUGUCUAGGAAGGAAAGGAAAGAGACAUGACUGAUGCUUUGUGAAACUAUUUGUGUGGGAGUAUGGGUAUGUGUUUGACAGGAUGGAUUAUUUGGAGACAGGUUGGUUAUCAAACUACUAAACUCGUGGGAUGGACAUAAAGCAAUUUUCAUGUUCCUCUGACUAUCAGAGUUAGAUGAUUUCUAGGAUCAUGUGAAAUUUUGUUGUCCCCUUGUAUUCUCUGUCCUAUAGUGAGCAGAUUGCUCUGAUCACCUUCUGACCAUACGUAGUGGUAGUGUGAAGCAUAGCAGAGAGUAGAUUAGUGACUCUACUCAUAUAGUAAGCUGCCACAUGCCAUGGACCAUUAGGUGUCUGAAUUCUAGUACUAGAGUCCCAGGUUUGAGAUCACUGGUAACUUCCAGUGUGUAUAAAAACCAAGGACUUUUUCUCUUCUACCCUUAUACUUUUUAAGGCUCAGGGCUAUUUCAGCAGCAAUCCAUAGGAUGGAGGGCAGGAAUAUAGCAAUUCCUAUCUACUCUUGUAUCAAGAGCCUAAGGUUAGGGUGAUCAUCUGUAAUCAGGAAAAAGUUCUGAAAUAGUUUGUUCGUUUUUGACUUAAUAUGAUGCGUGAACCACCAUAUUAUGGCUUAGCAAACCAGGCCACUUUGGCUUGUGCCUCAAUUCUUGGUUAAAAAUCUGUCUGAGCUGUACGUGUAAUAUAGUUACUGAGGUAAGUAGAUAGAGGCAUAAAUGCUCUGUCCAAGGAAGGCUUCAGCCAUCCACCAUACCCAGAUUCUUUCAAGUGCAACUGUAUGUAUGGAAAGGACAGGACCUUCUCCUCAAUCUGUCCUGUCCUGUCCUGUCCUGUCCUGUCCUGUCCUGUCCUGUCCUGUCCUGUCCUAUCCUAUCCUAUCCUAUCCUAUCCUAUCCAUUCCCACUGUGAAAGGAAUAGAUGGGAGCCAAAAUCACUGAUGAAGGAAUACCUGUGUUGCUCAGGUAAGAUUAUCCUCUUUUGAGUAGGACCUUAAAAUAGGCCUAUCCAUAGGUUUGGCCUACUUGGUCAAAAUAGAACAGAAGGCAACUUAAUUUCUAGUCCAUCCCUUGCAGAUGGGAGUUAUAAAACUGACCUCAUCCCAGAACUGCUUUUGUAUUUGAAUAUAUUUGCUAUAGGCCCAUUGGAACAAAUACGCUUUUUCUUUGGUAAUAAGUCAAGGCUGAUGACUUGAAUGUGGAGUGUCCUUCACCUCUUUUCCUUUGGUUUUGCCAGAGGUAUGAAAUAAAAAGGACUGGCUGUUCAGGGAAAGAAAAACUGUAUUACCUGGCCUCCCAAACUCAACCAAGACUUUGAAACUUCCUUUGUGAGAGGCGAAAGGGAAGAUGACAGCAGUAGUACCAUUGAAAUAGAGCCUUGAUAAGGAACACUGAAGUUGCUACUGAGUAUAAAGAUGCCACAGGAGUGGAAGUGGUGGAACAAUCCAGUGGUCAAGGUACCACUAGGAGAAGCUCAACUGCACAAUUUCAAACCAGGAAAGAUCCUACAUGCACAGGAAAAGAGAUGGAGAAGGGUAGGAAGAAGAGUGUUCCAUGAGUCCUGGUCUAGACAAGCACAUUCAAGGGCAAGGGGAAGAAUUUUGAGCACUGCUUUAGGACAAGCCAGGGGUAAUACCAAAGGUGGAAAGCCAGACACAGGUCAGUUGAGUGAGAUGGAAUCAAGCAACCCCUUUGUAGCUCUUCGUGUUGAUUCUAUUUAUACGAGAUUUCAGUUCUUGCUUGUGAUGCCUUGUUUUUUUGUACAGUUUUAUGUACAUGCAGGUGUAGCUUUUUCUAAAUGGAGAAAUCCUAUGGCAGAGUAAAGAGUACCCAACUAUUUUUGAAUUGUGACCUUUGUUUAGGUACUGCCUCUUUCUCUCUUGCUAAGGUUGUAUUGCUCUCAAUGUGAUGCAUUUCCCUUGCACUGGGAAAGCUUUGGGCCUAGGGCUUAGUUCUCCCCUGGCACUGUGAGCACAAUUGAUUCCCUUGUAAUACUUUUCGUUUGGAGCUGUGAGCAUGACACCUCGUAAGCCCGUUUUGUUCUCUUCCAUUCUGUUGGUUUGCUGAGCUGUCAGAUGACAAACUCCACUGUAAUUAGCCCUCCCAAAGCUUUACAAUAAAAAGUGUGAAAACCUUU